AUGGCAACCGUCCUCGUCCAAGACGCCGUCGGCGACAAGAAACCGGCAAGCGCCUCCACGACCUCACUCGAUAGCAUCCCGCCGUUGGGAGUGCUGAAGGAAGAGAAGCGCUUCUGGUUCCAGCGGACCAAGGGGUUUGAUCCCAACGCAAUCGCGACCCUGCCCAGCGUCUUUGACGAUCCCCUGGCCGCGGAGAAAUAUCAACCCCGCGAGGACUGGGAGAACUCGCAUCGCUUCGAUCCGAGGGCUCGGUGGACGUGGGCGGAGGAAUAUGCGGUGGUGCGCAAGUGCGACUGGAGGAUCAUGAUAUGGGCCUGCAUCAUGUUCAUGGCCCUCGAGUUGGACCGCGCCAAUAUAUCGCAGGCCCUGACGGACAACUUCCUCGACGACCUUCACUUGACCACGAACGACUACAACCUCGGAAACACGGUCUUCAAGCUGUCGUUCUUAUGUGCGGAGCUGCCCUCGCAGCUCGUGUCCAAGUGGAUGGGCCCGGACCGCUGGAUCCCCAUGCAGAUGGUCCUCUGGAGCGUCGUCGCCGCAGCCCAGUUUUGGCUCAGCGGGAGGUCCUCGUUCCUAGUUACGCGGGCGCUGCUAGCGAUCUUGCAGGGAGGCUUCAUCCCCGAUGUCAUCCUCUACUUGUCGUAUUUCUACAAGCACCACGAGCUAACCCUCCGUCUGGCCUUCUUCUGGACCAUGAUGAGCGUUGCCGACAUCCUAUCCGCGCUUCUAGCGGCCGGGCUCCUACAGAUGCGCGGCGUACUCGGUUACUCGGGCUGGCGCUGGCUGUUCCUCCUUGAGGCUCUGGUUACCGCCGUAGUCGGGAUAUUCUCCUUUCUCCUGAUGCCGCCGGGCCCGUGCCAGACCGCUAGCUGGUUCCGGGGGAAGAAGGGCUGGUUCACGGAGCGCGAGGAGACCAUCAUCGUCAACCGUGUGCUGCGCGAGGACCCAAGCAAGAGCGAGAUGCACAACCGCCAGCCGAUCACGCCCCGUCUGCUGUGGAAGUGCCUCCAAGACUACGACCUCUGGCCGCUGUACAUCCUCGGCCUAUCCUUCCAGAUUCCGAUGACACCCGAAGGGCAGUACCUAACCCUAUCGCUACGGCAGAUGAACUUCAGCACGUUCACGUCGAACCUGCUCACGAUCCCGUAUACCGUGAUUCACAUCAUCACGAUGCUCGCGCUUAGCUACGCCGCCGAGAUUUUCGGAGAGCUCACUCUGAUGUCGAUGGUCGGGCAGAUCUGGGCCCUGCCCUUCUUGAUUUACCUCAACGUCGUCGACAUGACCACCACCAGCCGGUGGGUGAUAUGGACCGUUACCACUCUGCUGCUAGGCUAUCCCAACCCGCAUCCAAUCCAGGUGGCUUGGAACUCGCGGAACUCGAACACGGUGCGGUCCCGGACGGUGUCGGCGGCGUGCUACAACAUGUUCUGCCAGGCGGGGGGGAUCGUGGCGUCGAACAUCUACCGCGCCGACGACGCGCCGCGCUACCGCCGCGGCAACCGCCAGCUGCUCGGCAUCCUCGGCAUGAAUAUCGUCCUCUACGGCCUCACUAAGGCCUACUACGUCCUGCGCAACCGCUACCGCGACCGCCGCUGGCGAGCCCUGACCCCGGCCCAGCGCCUCGCGUACCUCGAUACAACCACCGACGAGGGCAACAAGCGCCUCGACUUCAGGUUUGAGCACUGAGGCGGAGACGGGAGGGGUGGAAGGGGGAGGGUAGAGAUAGAGGGCGUCGCGGGUAGGUAUACCUGUGUCGAGGUAUAUACUACCCAUGCGUAUAUCUGGGCCAACGCAGACCUGCUUUCACAGGUAUACAGCGGGACUAGCAGUAGACCGUUUCAUUUCCCUAGGCUACGUAGAGUUGGAGGUGGUCGGUUGUGAGCCUAUCUCUUCCUCCUCUAUUAGGAUGCCAUGAUUUGAGACGUAAUACUGUCC